UUAGAACUCAAUCAAAAAUCUUUAAUCGGAGGUGAAUGAUCAGUGUGGUAAAUCAAUUGAUUAGUAUUAAGUCGUUAACUGGUGAGAAACAGCAUAGUCGACGCAUGCACAGUAGUCAACUACCUCGACAUUUUUGUUCUCUUCUUGCGAGUGAUUAGGUAAUACUAAGGUUUCUGCGUCUAGACACACAGAUCAAAAUGGCAACAUCUAGAGCUUUAGCGGCAUUGUUGCGUAAUUCACCAAAGCAACUACAAGUACGUUCUUACUACACGGUGAAUAAAAAACAUGGCAACAGAGAAGUCGUAGGCCAUGGUGUUAAUGGUGAACCAAUCUAUACCGACUUGGCUGAUUUCCCAAUGCCUGCUAUUCGAUACAAGGAAAUAACUCCUGAUCUCCAGGCUCUCCGUGAAAAAGAAAAGGGAGAUUGGAAAAAAUUGUCCAUAGAAGAUAAGAAACAACUCUAUAGAGCCAGUUUCAGACAAACUUUUGCUGAAAUGGAAGCACCAUCCGGAGACUGGAAAGGCGUUUUAGGAAUUACUUUAUUGGGAGUUUCAUUUUCGUUAUGGUUCUACGUUUGGUUGAAACACUAUGUUUACCCACCACUACCAAUCACAUUUGACGAAGAACAUCGUUUAGCACAGCUGGAACGUAUGAAACUAUUGGAUGUUGCACCCAUCUCAGGAAAACUUAAAGAUUUGUAGAUUGGAUAUACAUUUGAUUUAUAUCUUUAUUUAUAAUUGUUUAUUUCUUUAUUUGGUAUCACUGGCGCAAAGCCUAGUUGUACAGUAAUGAUAGUAGAAUUCAAUUAAAAUUACAAAAAUAAUCAUAAUCGAAUUCUGGUAUAUACAAUAAAAUAUCUUAACCAAAA